AUUCAAGUUUAAGUUUAUUUUUUGCCCUCUUCAAACUGUCACUAAAGUAGUUUCCCGGUAGCUUCUUGGAGUUGCAAUUAUUUAAUUCAUCCUAAUAUAUUUAUCAAUGGAUCAGUGGAAUAGUCGACUAACGAUUAAUGGAAUCCGAAAGAAAAUCCAAACGAAAUUGGCUAUUAACAAUUCAUAUGAAAAUAAUAUAAAUACAGAUUUGACCAAUGAAAAGCAAACCGAAAAAGAAUUAAAUACAGAAAAUUCUAUUAAAAAUGAAAUAUUUAAUGAAAAUGAUACAAAGGAAUUUGAACAAAUUUAUCUUAAAGAACAAGAUGUUACAACGGUACAUGAACGACUUAAAGAAGAAACACUUGAGAGGCAAUUAAAUACUGAAUUUAUUAUUAAAGAUGAAAUAUUCGAAGAAAAUGUAUUAAAUCAACAAGCAACUCCAAAUAAAAACAAACGUUUUCUAUGUGGCAAAUGUGACAAAGCAUUUACUACGAAAAAUCAGUUAAGACGACAUAGACGAACUCAUACCGGAAAAAAACCGUAUUCAUGUGAGGAAUGUGAUAAAACAUUUACCCAGCAAAGUGAUUUAAAUAGACAUAAUCGAACGCAUAGUGAAGAAAAACCUUUUUCUUGUGAAAUUUGUAGCAGAGCUUUUACUCAAGAGACCAGUUUAACGAAACAUAAAAGAACUCAUGAGGAAGAAAAACGUUUUUCAUGUGAAAUUUGUAAUAAAACAUUUACUGAAAAUAGUAGUUUAAUUUCACAUAAACGAAUUCAUUCCGGAGAAAAACAUUUUUCAUGUGAGAACGAAUGCGAUAAUUGCGAACUUUUAAGAAAAAGAAUUGCUGAAUUGGAAGAAGAGCUGCAAAACAAAAAUAAAAUAAUAGCAGAUUUUGUAUUGAAAAAUAGUGAAUCAACAAAUAAAGUUUAUGUGGGCCAAAACAAAGUUGGUUUUGUAGACGCCGCGACAGGAAAGAUUUAUUUGGCCGAAAAUAUAUUGAUUGAAAAAGGGGUGUUUGUCUCUUGGUUAAAUGUGGUAAAGCCAACUAUUUUCGUUAAAAAAGUAGCCAAAUAUUUAUUCGGCAAAGAAGUGCUUAGACGCAGCACCAUAACAGGGAAAAUAAGUAAUAGAUCGAUAAAAAACAACGACGAACGGCCGAUGCAAUUAGAUCCGAUAAAGAUCGCGGUUGUCAGAGAUGUCUACGAAUAUUAUUUAAAAAAGAGAUUUAAUAAAACUGAUUAUGAAAUUACCAAAGAAUUGGCGCAAAUUCCCAGAUAUAUUAGAAUGUUGAUUGCGGAUUUAAAAAAGCCAAAUCAACCAAAAAAUCGACAAAAAAUUGCAAAGUUGGAGGCAAUCGAGAAUUAUGACGAAAAGUUAUAA